GGGAGAGAAAGAGAGAAAAAGAAAAAGAGAAAAGAAAAGUGUAGGGAAGGGAAGGGAAGAGAUCGGCGAAGCAAAGACUUGGCAAUUUAAGGGAGUACGGUGGGGGGUUUUCGUUGUCUCCUCCGCAUAGACAGAUACUUCCAAGCGUAAUUCAUCAUUUCAUUUCUACCUUUCAAGAUCCAUUUAUCAUCCAUGUCCUUCAAUUCUUAGUUUCCCCAUUCUAUUCAUUUUAUCGGACCCCUCUCCUCGCCUGUUACUGCAAUGGUGGUCUGCAAAUGCCGCAAGGCCACGAAGUUGUAUUGUUUUGUUCAUAAGGUUCCCGUAUGUGGAGAAUGCAUUUGUUUCCCGGAACACCAAAUAUGCGUGGUUCGUACCUAUUCAGAGUGGGUAUUGAAUGGAGAAUAUGAUUGGCCUCCAAAUUGCUGCCUGUGCCAUUCUACACUCGUGGAAGGAGUUGGUCCUCAAACUACUCGAUUGGGAUGUUUGCAUGUCAUACAUACGGAUUGCCUGGUCUCACAUAUCAAGAGCUUUCCUCCAUCCACUGCCCCUGCUGGAUAUGACUGUCCUGCUUGUUCUGUUUCGAUAUGGCCUCCAAAGAACUUUAAAGAUUCAGGAUCUCGUCUACACGCAAAGCUAAAGGAAGCUAUCUUGCAGACUGGACUGGAAAAGAAUUUGUUUGGAAAUCAUCCAGUUGGAUUUUCACCAACAGAAUCCCACGGUCCUUCCCCUGCCUUUGCCUCGGAUCCUUUGGUUUCAACUUCAGCAGAUACACAUAACAAUAAGAGUUCAUUAAAUUCAGUAGCAAAGAUUGAGUCAAAUCUGAUUGAAGGGUACUCCGCCACAACUGGAACGGGGUCUUCCAAAAAUAAUGUUGCAGAUAUUGUAGAGAUUGAAAUGCCUGGUUCAGAAGGAAAUUUUGUCAAAGCCUCAAGUCCUUCAGGCCCUGUUGCUACCACAAGAAAAGGUGCAGUCAGUUAUGACAGGCAAAAUUCUGAAAUUUCAUAUUAUGCUGACGAUGAAGAUGGAAAUCGUAAGAAGUAUGUUAGAAGAGGUCCUUUCAAGCACAAGUUUCUUAGAGCACUGCUUCCUUUCUGGUCAACUGCAUUGCCAACUCUACCUGUCACUGCACCUCCCCGUAAAGAUGCACCGAAUGCCAAUGAUGUUAAUGAAGGUCGUGUCCGGCACCAAAGACCCUCCAGAAUGGAUCCAAGAAAAAUUCUUCUUAUCAUAGCAAUCAUGGCUUGCCUGGCAACAAUGGGUAUUUUGUACUACAGACUUGUACAAAGAGACAUGGGAGAAGAAUUUGUGGAUGACGAGCAGCAACUGCAAGCAGCACAAUGAAAAAAAAAAAAAAAAAACCAUAUUUGAAGAAUUUGUGGUGCUGUUAGAAUUACUUUGGCUCCUUGAAAUCGGACCUUUUACCAAAUUUCAUCAUUACAAGCACUGUAAGUAUCUUUUACUUUGAGCUUUUCUGCAACAGUGAGAGGUGAAAGUACUUUUUAUGUGAGCCUUUUUGUCAUCUUACAAACUCUACUCUUCUGUUCCUUCACUUGUAUGGAUUGUGGAUCAUCAGAUUUAGGUUAAAGAAAAUAUCUUUCAUUGGAACUAA